AUGAAUUACAGAGGCACUGACACGAAGCAGCAUAACAAGAGUAAGAAUAAGUUCCCCCUCUUCUUUUACAAAAAUAAAUAUUCCAGCGCGAAGCAGUGUCUUGGGCAAGGGAGCGGCCCUGUGAAUCCCCAAGGUGGACAGAAUACACAAGGGAGCCACUCCAACCAGGGUCCCCACCACGUAGGCGACAACGUCUGUAACGUCUUCCAGGGAAGUACCACGAAUAACCCAGGUAACCUUAACAACAACUCCAAUAUGUACUACAAGAGAAGAAGUAAUUUCAGCGGAGCGGGUAUGGUCCCUCCCAACAGUGCCAGCGGAACAGAUCCCAAAAACAGCAGCACCAUGAUGAGUUACAAUGAUGAUAUAUACCACUUCGAGAAGCAGAAGUUGCUAAACGGAGGGACAACCGGAGGAAUGAAUGCAUACCAUGUGGAUGCCGCCCACGGGAACAACACCAGUGGCAGCAUCAACAAUGGGGCAGGCAACCAGGGAAACGCACACCCAGGGAGCAGUCACCACGGAAACAGCCACCAGGGAAAAUUCUACAACAAGAAUACGUAUAAUGUUCACCCCAAGAAGGAAGGCAGACAGAACUAUGAAAACUACCUGAGCAGCAUGCAUGAUGGAACGAACAACAACAGUCACGCAGAAGUAACCCACGGGAACAGGAACUACAAGAACUACAACUAUGAUAGUAAUAGGGAGAAUUAUGUUAACGUCGGUGGUCCCAAAAAUGUGAACCGCUACUACGAUGUAGGAGACGGUACGUCUUGCAUGAACAUGUCUGGGCAGAAGAAGGUAAACUAUUUCGACGCCAAUAUGGGUAAUAGCACAGGGGGCAGCUACAAUCAUGGUGCCACACAUGGAACGACACACACUGGAGUGCAUACCAAUGCACACAGUGGGAACAGGGAGGCUGGGGGACAGGAUCCCUACAAUGCGAACGAUCAGCUGAGGAGAGAACCCCCAAGGGGAAAAAACACGCUGCAGAACCCAUCCGUCUUGAGCAACCAAAAGAAAGAACCCAUGCUAAUUAUGAUUAACGGGGAGAGAAACAACAACAACAGCAACAACAGCAAUGAUGUGAGCAAGGUGGGCAUGAAAGUGGUGAAGGAGGACCAUGCGAAGAGGGGCGACGAUUACGAAGAAGAUGAAAACGACGACGUAGAAGACGAUGAUGGUAACGAUGAGGAAGAGGAAGUAGAUAUGUCCUUCCGUAAGAACGCACCUAACGUUGGUACCACCAGGGGAAGCAGUAACCAUCGAGACGCAUACAACAACGCAAAGGAGGUGAAUUUUACGAAGAAUGAUGCACAGAAGGGGGUAAACACACCCAUUGAUGGAGUCACCAAUGCAGAGACGAUUAAGAGACCACAAGUAUCCAAUCCGAAUAACCACCUCACCGACGUGAAGAACAAAAAUUUGGACCCCACAACGGGAAGUGCCUACAACAUCGCCUACAUGUUCAUAUACCAGUACUACUACGUCCUGCACACGAAGAAGGCUAUGAUGCACAACUUUUACGCGGAAAAUGCUGUUCUGCUGCUGAGCUUUAAUUACCAGAAUGGACUGUUAAAUAAGGCAGGAGGGGAAGGAGGGUCCCCCCACCAGGAUAGCCCCACAAACCAGCAGAGCGACGCGGACAAAUUUUUUAACCUCAGCCAAAUAAACGUCGAAGGGUGCGAAAAAAGUGGAAAUACGAUAAAAAUGAAAAACAAAAAAACGAUCGCAGAAUAUUAUGACCAGCUAGAAAUAAACGAAUGCACAGUCCAUAUAAACUCCAUCGAAGUGAUUAACCUGCAUGAGGAAAUUUACCUGUACAUACAUGGAAAAAUAAAAAAAAAUAAAAGCACCAACGUAUUCUAUUACUUCGUGCAGAAUAUACAUUUGCAUAAGUACACCGUGUGCCAGUACUACGUGGACGUAGACUUUGUGCACUACUACUACCUUGACGUGGCGGAUCAGCAGUUGCAUCAACAGCUGGAUCAACAGCUGGAGGAGUCGUCUCAGGUUAGUAUGGUAGGGAAGGCUAUCACAGGAAGUCAUGCCCUCGAUGUGAAAGGAAAAGAUGAUGGCACAAAGAAGAAAGCUAAAGUUAGCAAGCUGAAUGCUACCCUUGGGGAGAAGACAGGGAUCAUCCCCAAAAUGGGCGAAAACGGAUUGAAAAAAGGAGCUGUGAAGAAGACAGAUGUAGAACCCGUUUUGACAUCUACCCAGAAGAGUAAAGCAAAAGCGUCCACCAUUAAGGGGCAACUGGAUGAAGGAAACUAUCCUCCUGGACAUGCCGCGUAUGGAACCGGCACCAAGCAGUCCGUGCUGACCUCCUCGGUGAUGAAUAAAUCUACGGAGGGAAAGAACCACCUUGCGAAGUACCCACAUAGCAAACCUGGUGACGGAUUCCAUCAUGAGGAUGACGAAGAAGUCGACUAUCUCGAUGUGGGCGAAGAAGAUGAUAUGGAAGAGGACGACGAGGAGCAGCAGGACCUGGAACGGUUCGAGGAAGAUCUAGAAGAAGCAGAGAUGGAGACGGAAGCCGACGCGGAAAUGGCCCAACUGAACAGAGGAAGCGAACGAGGGGCAAAGAAAGGUGCCUACUCUAAGAAGGACGAAGCGGCAUUGCUCAAAAGAACACAGGGUUUAGGCAAACCGGUAAAGAAGGUGACGGGACAGCACGAUCCUGAAUCUAUUGGAACUGACGCAACGUUAAAAAAAAGCAACAAACUGAAGAAAGAAGAGGAGGAUGUGCACACAACGAACAGUAAUGCAAAUGGUGUUGGAAACACCCAAACGCAGGCAACGAAUGACGGGUCGGCGAAAAAGGAAGGAGCCAAAGAGAAGGCCGAUAUCACGGCAGCAGCUACUACCCGCGCGGGGAUGAGCAUCGGUAAGGAGGCGGAAGAGAAGGACGACGUUACUUCCAAACCAGAUGCAACGACGGACGAGAAGAAGAUGAAGAAAAACAAAAGCGACGGAAGCAACAACGCGUGGAAGGUAGACAGCGAGGAGAAGUGCCCCAAGAUGGAAACCAUCCUCAAGGAAGAAAAAACCCUUAAUGAAAAUGGCAAGAAAAAAAAGAAAGAAAAGGAGAAGAGCAGCAAAGUGGACCCGAACAGCUGGGUCUUCCGAGUGAUGAAAAAUAACACAGGGGCCAACUCGGCAGAAAAUGGAACUCCCGCAGGUGCCAGUCAGAAGGUGCAAGAGGGAGCAAAGCAUGCCGAUGGGGAGAAGCACGCACAGGAGGAGAAGCCCACCGAGGAAGGAGAAACCGACGUGGAGACCCAAGAGGAAGAAACGGAAGAACACGAAAUAAACGCAAAUGACAAAAAAAUUAUUAUUCACAAUAUACACAAAAAUAUGGACAAGAAAAAAAUCCAUGACUGCAUUAUCGACAGACUGAAAAAUUACAACGACGGACAUGCCGUGCAAGUGGACAUAUAUCAGCGGUCAGCCAAAAAGUCGUUUUCCAGUUGGUUCAGUUCUCUUAGCUACGACAAGGGAAAAGCGCCUGAAAACUAUUCCUACGCCAUCGCUGAGCUGGACUGCCGACAGAGUCAGAAGCUGCUGUUAGACCUGGGCCUCUACUGCAACGGUAUUAAAUUAAGCAUUGAGCAUUUUAAAGAGAAAAAGAAAACGCCUGACACUGCCAAGAGGAACAACAGGAAGUUUAACGGCUUCGGAGGAGGCGCUCCCCUGGAUGCAUCCAAGGGGAAGGAUGACCGCUACAAGAACUCCAUCCGAGGAUCCUCUGCCACGGUGGCAACGGUGGGCGUGGCUCAGUUCAGGAGCAAGAAGAACAACAUUUUUGUCAAGUGA